GCUCAAGGUCGUGGGAACAUAGAGCCGGCUAGUUUGAACCAGAACUGACUUUUCGUACACCUCGGGAAGGCUCGUCUCCAUUUUUAAGCUUCAGCUGUUAUGUUUUUAAGAGACCUUAUGUCAGUCUACGUAAUGUUAUGGAGAGAAACCCGAAAAUUAAAUAUGCCUCAUUAGUUUCAUAAUGCAAAUACGAAUAUACACUUAUAGAAUCAAACGCCGAAUUAAACAAUAAUGGGGAAAUAAAGGCGAUUUUGGCUAAGGAGACUUGUUGUAAAUUCAGGUGAAAUUGCACCAAAGUGUUGGUUUUUUCGACUAGGCUGAGGAGAUACUGCGAUAUUUCCCCCAUACUUUUCACAAGAGGCGAUAGGUUUGUAAAUUUACACUUUCAUGAUCGCCGAAUGAUCUACUUUUGGCCUAUUUAAUCCACGCUAGGUACUAAUGAAUAAUCCGAGUGAAGAAAUAAAUCCUAGUAUCGUACAAUGUCUUUUAAAAGAAUUAACCGAAGAACUUUCACCCUAUGGCUUUGAUAUAUCUCCAUUUUUAUCUGGUUGGUAUAAUGCUCAUGUUAGUUCAAGGGUUCAACUUGGGCCUGAUCUAGCACCAUAUGACGAUUGUCUAUGCAUCUGUUUAAUAAGCAAUCCACAAAUGUUUGAAAAAACAUUUCUACCAACUGUUUUAGAUUGGUGUGAAAAAUCUGGUGUCGAAUCAUUGGAUAACGUUUUGAAACGUUUAAAAACUCAAUACUAUGGAUUUAAAUUUCUUCCUGGUCCUGAUGAUCCCUUCGAUUGGAGUGUUUUUAUUCGACUUCAAAACGCAUUGCAUAAUUCUAUUCAGAACUUAAAAUGUAAGCUAAGUUCUGAUGAGUUGUUGAAGUUCAAUGAUGCGAAAUGGAUACCAGAUUAUGCUAUCAAACCAGUUACUCUAUUUCCCUAUGUUCAUGUACAAACAGCCGGUCAUGUAUCAGGAAUGGCUUAUUUUCAUCAACCUAACGAAUUAAUAAGAAACAAUCCCUAUGAGAAAAAAUCUGGCAACUAUAGUGGAGUUAGUUUACAUCCAUAUUAUGGCGGUUGGUUUGGAUUUAGAGGUAUUUAUAUUUUCCCAUAUUUACAAUAUCCUACUUUAGUCAAACAAAAUCCAUUAUCACCUAUUUAUUCAGAAAAUAAACAAUUAUCUAAUAAAUUAUUAAAACAUUUAUUAUACACAUAUAAUUCAUGUUGGAAUGAAAAUCAAUGGAGAAAUUAUAAAUUAUUUAAUGAUUCAUUCAAUUUUCAUUGUUAUUCAUCUGAUGCAUUAGCUUAUUUUACAAUCUCACCAUUAGAACGUGUAAAAUUUGCUCAAAAUUGGUUUACAAAUCAACAAGAAAACAAAAACAAACAAACAUGUUAG